UGCCACUUUGGGGGUCCGGUUACACAGAGGUCAGCAAUGUUGUACAAAUCUCCGUGGUCGGUGAUAUGAAUCCCCGCCCGGAUCUUCAACUAGCCUCCGGGACACGCACUGCCUAAAAUGGAAAUGCGUCCACACGGAGUCGCCAGACCUGCCCCGGGACGCUCCAGCAGCCAAGUGAGACGAUCUGCCGGUAGUUGAUCCGCAUUCCCUAAACACCAAAUUUCCAACAUCAUCAUAUCUAGUUUCUUCCAGUGUCCAUAGCUUCCUUCACUCGGCACCAGAUCCAUGCUAGCAUCGCUAAGAGAGCGCCAGUCAGCAUGCGUCCCACCAGUCGGCUCACGCUAGUGCCGAGCGUACUGUACCUGAAUAGCAUCCAUGAGCGCUAAUCUACUCUUGGAGGGCCUUGCGAGCAAGUUGUCGUCAUCAAUUCGACGAGCCAGAUGAAUUUUUAUCCUCUUCACGAACAACACUUUUUGUAUCCUCACCGCGCCAAUUGCCCAUCAUGAUGCUCUGCAAAUUGAGCGCCAGCACUGCCAGCCUUGCGCUGAUGCUUGUGCCGCUCUGCGCAGGCAGCGAAAUCACCAGCAACAGCAGCGCCUCGACAACGACCACACACGCCAGAGCCGUCGAUAUCCCCAACGAGUACACAUACAAGCUUCCCGACGGCUUCCUGUCCAACGAAAAUUACACCUUCGUCAACGGCACAUCGACGCCCAACGACAAGCACAUCAACGACCUCUUCAAAAAGGCAUCCGAUGCCCCCAUCAUCAGCUUCGACCCGAGCUUUUCCAAACUCGUUGGCAACGCAGAGAUCAAGCUGGUCGCUGAGCGCCCGCACGACCAAUGGACAUAUGAAGGCGGCAUCUGGGUCCCUGAGCGCGACGAGAUCUGGACCAUCUCCAGCAUCGUACAGUCUAGCGCCGGCAAGCCCUCCACCGUCUACACAUACCACCUGACCUCAGGCGCCGUCAACAAGCUCAACGCUUCACUACCCAUUAUCAAUCCCAAUGGCGGCUACUACUACAACGGCAAGGUCUACAUUGGCACAUACCCCUCCAACAGCACGUACCGCGGCGGUAUAGUGUCUGUGGACGCGCGCACGCUCAAGGUGGAAACCGUCGUCAACAGCUACUUUGGCAUCGAGUUCGACGGCAUCGACGACCUUACGUGGGCAAACCGCGGCGGCAAGGACUACAUGUACUUUACAGACCUCUACAUCACGCCGCUCGCGUACCCGGGGACACAGCCUCGCCCGCUACUGCCCGCGGGCGUUUGGCGCUGGGAUGCACAGGACGAAGUGCUUCUGCCUGUGCUAGGCCGCGGCGACGUCAACCCGAAUGGCAUCCGCGUAUCGCCGGACCACAAGUCGCUCUAUGUGACGGAUAGCACGGCCUUGUUCUUCGACAUCCCGAAACCUGCGCCGCCCGCAGGAGGCAGUGUGGCGUCGUGGUUGGGACCUUACAUUCUGAGGUAUGAUAUUGAUGACGAGGGCUUCCCUGUUAACAAGCGCGUCUUUGGCUACGUCAGACGCCUCAUUGCAGAUGGCAUUCACUGCGACGAUGCAGGAAGAGUGUGGACAGGUGAGGGCGACGGUAUUGUGGUACGCAGCCCCAGCGGCAAGGUGCUCGGCAUCUUCAACCAGAGCUACUUUCUGAAGAGCAAUGGCGAACUGGAUUACAUGGCAAACUUUGCGUUGGCUGGCGACAAGGUUGUUGUCUUUGCCCAUGAGCGCAUGUACACGAUCAAGCUUGCGCAGGAGGUGGUUAACAAGAAUAGCAGCAUUGUAAACUAAGUUCAUAGAGUGGGUGGGAACCAGUAGUGGUGGUGGUUUGUGUUUAUAGAGUGGUGAGGGUCCGUACCAGCGAGCCCUAGUACCACCAAACAGCAAAUAAUGUACAUAUUGUUAUAAUAGAUGGCUAGUAUAUCUAGCGACUUUUUUUCGUCCGUUUUGUUCGAGAUGUCGUUGGACUUUUGGCUUCUUUUGGACUGUUUUUGUUUCCUUGUAGUCUUGGGCUGCGCCGUGUCGGUGUUGCGCUGGCUUGGUCCUUCGUUGUGCUCCGCCUUCUCUUUUUACUAUCCUUAUUCGUUAUAUUUGCCCGUUUCGUGGGUUCGUCCUGUCUUUGCCGCUUGAGCUUUGUUUGUGGUGGGGUUGGUUUCGUCGUCUUUGCUGCCGAAUCGCUGGUAGAAGGAGUUGGUAGUGAUGGUAAUAGCGAUUGUGGCGGUUCUUUGGCAUUUUGCUCCUCUGGUUCGCAACUUUGCAUGCGUGCUUCGGGUUGCUCGAAGACGAAUGAAUCUGGCGUUGCGCCGCGUUGCGUCAACCCCUCUUCAAAGUCGUCGCGAAUGUCCUGUUGCACGUCCUCUAAAAUAUCAUCAAGGGUAUCAGGCUCUUCCUGUGGGAGCACUUUGUUGAAUAUGAAACUGGAAAGUGCUUCGAGGUUAUGAUCGAGGGGAAAUCCAUUUAGGGACCGAAGAUUUUUGGUUGCAGAUGUCAUCAUAUCGACAAUGGAGGCUCGACGCCGUUCAGCAUCUUCUUCUAAACGUCCCAUGCCUUUUGUUUUCCGUAUUGUUUUUAAAUAUCGUAGGAAAUCGUAAUCGCCGCAUAGGGGAAGCGUCAUUUGGACCGUAACUGUAUUGUAUUCAUUUCGUAGCGCAGUAAAAUCUGUACCAUCAAUAUCGUACCAUUCGCGACAGUCGCCAUCCAGUGGUUUUUCGACAUAUGAUAACACUAUUGCUUUCUUGCUCGACAUCGUAGCAUAUAUAGCUACCAGAGCAAGUCAAGUUUCGCGUGGCUGCGCGAAUCCUUAUGAUUGUGUAGAUU